AUGUCGAGCACCGUGCGCGUCGCCAUCCUCGACGACUACCAGAACGUCGCGUUCACUUACGCGGACUGGUCUCCCAUACGAAAUCGUCUCUCGAUUGACCUGUACCCCGAAACGAUCGUCGCUGACGAAGAUGCCCUUGUACAAAGGCUCCAGCCAUAUGAAGUUAUUUGUGCUAUGAGGGAACGGACGAAGUUUCCUGCUUCAGUGCUCGACAGACUUCCGAAUCUGAGGCUCAUAGCUACAACGGGACCGCGUAACGCGGGCAUAGAUGUCGUCCAUGCAAAGAGUAAAGGUAUCGUAGUAUCAGGGACAGGCGGAGGGGGAAACUCAACUUUGGAGCAUAUAUGGGCACUGAUCCUGGCAACGGCCAGGUUUAUCCCUGAGGAGGAUCGUAAUGUGAAGGCAGGAAAGGUGCCCUGGCAAUCCACGAUACCCACCGGGUUGGCCGGGAAGACGUUGGGCCUCGUCGGCGUAGGUAGGCUGGGUUCUCGGACUGCAGAGAUCGCAAAGGCCUUUGAGAUGGAGGUCAUCGGCUGGUCGCCCAAUCUCACCCCAGAACGCGCCGCUACUGCAGGAGUGAUAUACGUAGCCUCGAAGGAGGAGCUUUUCAGACGCAGCGAUAUAGUGUCCGUGCACAUGGUUCUGUCCGAGCGGACCUACCAUAUGAUCACUACCGCGGACAUCGCGCUUAUGAAGCGCACUGCGUUCUUCAUCAAUACUUCUCGGGGACCACUUGUGGAGGAGGCUGCGCUUGUCAAGGCAUUGAAAGGGAGGAGGAUUGCAGGUGCCGGGUUGGAUGUGUUCGAGGUUGAGCCCUUGCCGCUCGAUCAUCCAAUCCGACGCCUGGAGAACGUCGUCCUGAGUCCACACACAGGCUACGUGAGUGACACCAGCUACAAGGUGUUCUGGACGGAAACUGUUGACAACAUUGCGGGUUAUCUGGAGGGCAAUCCAAAGCGGGUUAUGGAUUAG